AGGACGGAUCCCAGGGCCAGUCCCCCCGGCCGGCCGGCGCUGCAGCUCAGAAAUCUCACGGGAGACGACAGUAUUGCUCAGCCCACCGGUGGGAGUGUCGAGCCUGGUUGUGUAAUUCCGGGGGUGCGAGGGCUGCGUGGGUCCCUCGAGCGGGACUGCCGAGAGACCCCUGCUUUCCUUUCUCCCCAAGGCUCGGUGGACAGCCGGGGGUCACAGCACACGCGCAGACGUCAGCGCUUCCAUGACGAUCCCCGCAAGAUUCCCUGGGAGCCCAGGGGCGGGUACGGAAUGAGGGAGCGGCGCUGCCGGCGGAGACGCUCCGGCGAGGCUGGAUGGUUUCACAUGUAAGCAGGUGUUUGGGGCUUUACGCGUACUGAGCACCUCACAGGCACUGCUUGAAGCAGUUGUGCUAAUUAACCUUCUCAAGGACGCAUUGUCUGUCAUUUUUAACGAGGAAGUUGGGGUACAGAGACAUUGCUAGGAAGUGACCCAAAGCUGCCGAAGAGAGCGCUCCGUUGUCCAGCCGCAGCCUCGGGCUCCCAGUUUUCCAACCUUGAAGUGUUUUACAAUUAAAGCAAGGAGAAGAUUUGUGGAUGUUGAAUAUGCAAGGAGCCGAAGAGAGAGAGAUUGGAAGAGAGAUUUGUCCAGAUUGGGUGAGCAAACCUGCCCCAGAGCAGGAUAUCUCUGAAAUUAAUUCACCAGCGACAGUAGGAAAGAGACUCCAAGGGGGUGAAUCCCAGAAUUCUACAUUCAACACAAAAUAUGCAUGUGACAGCAUGAAGGAAAACUCUCCUGGAGACAUCCCUGGGCCGUGCUUUUUCCAGGAAGGAGGUUUUGGGGGAAUAACUUUCAUCCACAAGGAAGCACCUCCUGAAAUGAUUAGCCAUGAAUAUAAUUAUGAGAAAAAGUUGCUUUUGACCUCAAGCCUUGUUACUCAUCUCAGAGUUUCUACAGAAGAGAGUCUACAUCAAUGGGAGACAAGUAGCAUACACACCAAUGAGAUUUCAGAACGAAGUAAAUGCUCAGCACUCUCCACACAGAAAAAGUCUUGGAAAUGUAAUGAAUGUGGAAAAACGUUUACUCAGAGCUCAUCUCUUACCCACCAUCAGAGAACUCAUACUGGAGAGAGACCCUAUACAUGUGAGGAAUGUGGAAAAGCCUUCAGUCGUGGUUCAUUCCUUGUUCAGCAUCAAAGAAUUCACACUGGAGUGAAACCAUACAGAUGUGAACAUUGUGGGAAAACAUUUCGAUGUCGGUCAUUUCUUACUCAGCAUCAGAGAAUCCACACUGGAGAGAAACCUUAUAAAUGUAAUGAAUGUGGGAAUUCCUUCCGCAAUCAUUCACAUCUCACUGAGCACCAGAGAAUUCACACUGGAGAGAAACCUUAUAAAUGUAAUAGGUGUGAGAAGGCAUUCAACCAGAACACACACCUCAUUCAUCAUCAGAGAAUUCACACUGGUGAGAAACCUUAUUUAUGCAAUGAAUGUGGCUCUUCUUUUCGGAAACACUCAAAUCUUACACAACAUCAGAGAAUUCACACAGGGGAAAAACCCCAUAAAUGUGAUGAAUGUGGGAAAACGUUUCAAACAAAGGCAAACCUCUCUCAGCAUCAUAGAAUUCAUACUGGGGAGAAACCCUAUAAAUGUAAGGAAUGUGGCAAAGCUUUUUGUCAGAGUCCAUCCCUUAUUAAACACCUGCGAAUUCAUACUGGAGAGAAACCUUAUAAAUGUAAGGAAUGUGGCAAAGCUUUUACUCAGAGUACCCCACUCACUAAACAUCAGAGAAUUCAUACAGGGGAGAGACCCUACAAAUGCAGUGAAUGUGGUAAAGCCUUCAUUCAGAGCAUUUGCCUUAUUCGCCAUCAGAGAAGUCACACUGGAGAAAAACCCUAUAAAUGCAAUGAAUGUGGGAAGGGCUUCAAUCAGAAUACCUGCCUCACUCAGCACAUGAGGAUUCAUACUGGAGAGAAGCCCUAUAAAUGUAAAGAAUGUGGGAAAGCCUUUGCUCACAGCUCCUCUCUUACUGAACAUCACAGAACUCACACUGGUGAGAAGCUGUACAAAUGUAGUGAGUGUGAGAAAACCUUCCGCAAGUAUGCACACCUUAGCGAACACUACAGGAUUCACACUGGUGAGAAGCCUUAUGAAUGCAUUGAAUGUGGAAAAUUCUUCAGACAUAGCUCAGUCCUUUUCAGACAUCAGAAGCUGCACAGUGGUGAAUGAACUUGGCUUCAGGUUAGGGCAGUUUCUCAAGGAGUUGUGGGUAGGAAUCUGGCUGAGGAGAGAGGGCAGGUAGAAUUUCUGGAGACUAGGAUGAAGGAGCUCUAAAGACUGCACUCCAACGAGUAUUUUCGGAAUAUACGUGGGGGCUGGGAGAAUGCAGAGCCCACUGCAAGUGGGCAUCCAGGAGUACAGGGUAGGAAGGAAGUUCCUGCUUUUCAGAUAAAUCCUUGCUGCUUGUCACUCAUCUCUCCCCAUGUGACUCUCAUACCUUGAGGUGCCAUUUGUUAAAUCAGUUAUUGUGUUUCCCUUACUACACUCCCGGCCACCUUCCCGAACUGUCAUGUAUGUUCACUGACCCGUUGGCUGAGGUACUUGUCCAAACACUGUCAUUAUGAAAGUGGCAGCAGGUGCGAGGUCUUGCUAAGUAGCCUCCAGAUGUCUGAGGCAGCUCUAAUCAUACUCCUGUGGGGGGCACUGUUCAACCUGUGGACGUGGUCCCAUGAAGGGGAGACGGAAACAAGUGAAAGGCCAAUGCACAUUCACUUAACAAUAAGGAGAUAUAUGGCAAGAACUGGGCUGAUCUCUAUAUAUACGUUGGUAAAGAAGGCUUCUAUCAGGGUGAAGGAAUUUUUCCUGAUCCUUUUAAGCUGGAGAAAGAAAUAGGAAAGCAAGAGAGAAUUUUCUUGAGUGAAGUCAGUUUUUGUUCAGAGGGCCAUGGAGAGGAAGGCCCAACCUCUGUCUCAGAGGAAUAGUGGUCUACGCAGGAUGGAAAUGGCCUGUGCUGGUCACAAGAGUUCACAGAACAGGAAACUUGCAAGUGACUGAGCAAGCCAUCUGCAUACCCUUGCCCUGGACUGAGAUGUACACCUGCUUCUUGUACGUUUGGCUGGGUCACAGGUUCACAGGGACUAUGGGAGAGGGACCCACUAAGAUGUACAGUGUCUAAACAAAGGGGAAAGCAUUAGUGAAGAAGGAAGGCAGCGUUUUAGGUUGGCUGGAGUUGGGGGCUGCAGCACCAGACCUUAAGAGUGUUGAUCACUGCAGCCAGAAUGUCAUAUAAUUAAUGCCAUUGAUGGCUCUAACAUAGAUGUGUUAGAUCUCAGGUGUUUGUAUUUUUAUUGGGCCUAUCUUGUUCCUGGAUAUUUACCCUUACUGCAGACUAGGAGUAUCUAGGGAAACACUCUCAUUGGCUAAAUUUGGAAAUAAUUCUAGAGAGGAUUACCUCUUUUUCAAAUCCCUGAAAAUCAAGAUAUCCCAGGUUGCCAGACUGACGGUAUUUUAUUUUGAGAGAAAGGGCAUGUUUUUCUCUUUCCUCACUUCCUUUCAUGUUUUUAACUGCUACCCAGAUAGCCUUUGACAGGAAAUAAUUUCUGUCCUCUGAAGCUUAAUAAAGUUUUUUAAAUAUGGCUAUUAAAAACAACUAAAGUAACUUAAUUCUGGAAUGGUUGAUUAUUUGGAACUCAGCAUUGAUUUUUUUCAGGAGCAACAUUACAUACACUUUUCUCUCUCCAGCUGUGAAGAUAUGUUCUCAAAACAUGACACAUGGCAAUUUAUAAUUGAGUAAAUUAAUAACUUAUGGACAAAAAAUAUCCCUAUGGAAACUUUCUAUUUUAUGCUCAUAACAAUACAUAUAGUCUACAGA